AUGGGAGACAAGAAGCGGAAGGCCACACCGGUCUCAACGGACCUUCCAGCGAAGAAGAGCAAGAAGUCUAGAACUGCCACUGAUGAAGACAUCUCAAAGACACAAGUGACUAAACCUGCCGAAAAGCCAGACAAGGCGUCGCACGUUCAGAAAGCCGAUGUUGCUGUCUCAAAGAAAUCACGCAAACAUGCUGUAGACUUCAUGAGCGAUGACGAAGCCACCGCUGAUCAAUCAAAACUAUCUUCAGAGCCUAAGAAGAUCAAACACAGUACACCUGUUGAGGUCAAUGUGUCAACAGUUCCAGACCUGAGAAAGAAGCGGAAGAAUAAGAAAAAUAAGAAAGAACAACAUGAUGAGCUCUUGAGUGCUGAUGGCGUUAACGGCGUAGUUGAACAUGAGGGACGUGAGGAUCUUGAGACCGCAACCUCUCAUAAACCAGUGGCAUCUUCCAUGCAGGCUGAGGCCGAGCGAACAGUCGAUCAAGAGCUGAAAGAUGACUUUGGGGGUUUUUCAGAAGGCCAAGCAGAAGAAGCCGCCCCUGGCGAGAUUGAGACCGAAGACAAUGCUGCAGUUCUCCUUGCGGGUUUCGACAGCGACGGAGAAGAUCAGUAUGAAGAUGAGAACCUUGAUACUUCCUCUAAACUGAAACUGAGCAAGAAAAAGGAUAAGGAAGUUCGCGAAAAAUUGUCUCAGGUGCAGCAUUCUGGCAGCAAUGAAGGGCCUGGCACCGUCUAUGUUGGUCGCAUUCCACACGGCUUUUACGAGAAGGAAAUGCACGAGUACUUCUCUCAAUUUGGCGAGAUCAGCAAGUUGAGACUGUCACGAAACAAGCACACUGGUGCCUCGAAGCAUUUUGCUUUCAUUGAGUUCUCAUCGAACGAAGUUGCGAAAAUUGUCUCAGAGACCAUGGACAACUAUCUUCUCUUCGGCCACCUACUCAAGUGCAAAUAUGCUCAACCCGACUCCUUGCAUCCAGACACUUGGAAAGGUGCGAACAAAAAGUUCAGGAAAAUCCCUCAUGAGAAACUUGAACGAGAGAGACUCGCAGCACCAAAGACUGAAGUGCAGUGGGACAAGAAAAACGCGAGAGAGAAGAAGAAACGUAAUAGGAAGGCUCGUCAGCUCGAGGCGCUGGGACUCGAAUUACCAGCCUCAACCUUGAAGAAGUCCUCAGAGGCUCUGAAGCAGCGACAACUGGAACAUGCCAAGGAGGGUAGUCUCCUAAAAAACGAUGAUUCUCAAGUGGCUCCAACUGGAGCUAUUAAGGCACUGAAUGGCCUACCAAAGGACGAGCUUGCGAUCCUGGAAACGACAAAGUCGGAGAACUUAGAAGAUGCAGAAGCAGGCAAAAAGUCCAAGCGCUCUAAAAACAGCAAGAAGAACAAGACUAUUCUAGGCGCGAAUGCUGAGGCUACAUCCGUGGCUCUCAUCGAGGACGCUCAAGAAGUCAAGAAAGCCAUCCAAGGAACUGCAGGAAAGGUAGUUUCUGGAAAUGAGACCACAGACCCUGUUAUUUCCACGACUGAGGAGUUCAUAGCUCUUGCUGCCGAUGAGGAGCACAGUGAUUCUGUUGAAGAGCCUGUGGCUACCAAGGGCAAGGUCAAAGCCGGCGAGAAGAAGAAGAAAGAUCGCAAGAACAUUACUAAGGCCCGCGGUCCAAAGUCUGCUAUCACUUCUGCAAAAUAA